AUGACCAAGAUAAGAUUCGAAGCCAUGCACACUGUCUUCCGCAAUGCCAAUGCUAUCCUGUGGGUGACCUCAGGUGUGGCUUGGGGCAAGAAUCUACUGGCAAAUGUGUCGGUGGGGUUAGGACAUAAGCUGCUGGCUGAACGUAGUGAUUUGCGGCUUCCAAGCGAAAUUCUCUUGGCUUACGAACCCCAUCUCGUACUCAUAGACAGCGCCUUUUACAUUCCUAAGGUCCUGCCUCUAGAUAGCCUUAACCAUACAGCUGUUGAGGUGGCAAAACAGGACACUGUCGAUAAAGGUACUACUGAGCGCAAGGGGACAUUCGCCACCGACAAGCCGUACAUUCUUUUCGGCAUGACGGGUGACCUUGGAAUCUCUAUUGCUUGCUAG